GCGGGGCCGAGCUGGAGGAGGAGGAGGCUGGGGGAGAAAAACUGACACGUGGAUUACUCCUCCUCGGGCAUCACGAACACCACUCUUCCUCCUCCAGCAGCCCAGCUCCUCCGCCGUUCGCUCGCUCGCCUUCCUCCGCUUCGGGACAUGGAUGCACACGGUGCGAAGCAGGGAUAAGACUGCGCGGAGACUCCUGCGUCCUGGUCCGAGCGUCUGCGUCAGCUCACCGCGCGUAAAGAGACUCAAAGUAAAAACCUCGACUGACAGAGAAGGAGGAAGAGGGGGGGGGGCUGCCGUUUACCUCGCGUUGAAUGGCAGUUAUUCAAAAAUAUGGCAAGAACUAUAGUCCAGAUCUGGUCUGUCACAAGGAAAACUGUCCGCCAGAGAAGAGCGGAGUCCCGGCGGGUCACAAGAAGUGGCCGGAGCACAACACCCACUGGCCCAGGCCGGUGGCGAGGGUAUGGACCGUGGUGCUGCUGUUCGGGACGUGCCUCCUCUACUGUGCCCGUGUGGCGAUGCCCAUCUGCUCCGUCAGCAUGGCGGAGAAGUUCAACUGGACCAAGAGGGAGUCGGGCAUGGUGCUGGGCAGCUUCUUCUGGGGCUACUGCUUCACCCAAGUGCUCGGAGGCUACGUCAGUGACAGAGUGGGAGGUGAGAAGGUCCUCCUGCUGUCUGCAGCGGCCUGGGGCUCGAUGACCGCCUUCACACCCAUCCUGGCUCAGUUCUGCUCCCAGCCCAUCUUCUCCAUGACACUGGCUCGCUUUCUCAUGGGCCUGUUGCAAGGAGUUCAUUACCCCUCCCUUGCGAGUCUGUGCUCUCAGAAGGUGGUGGAAAGUGAAAGAGGCUUCCUCAUGAGCACCGUGGGUAGCGGCUCCUAUCUGGGCACUCUCUUGAUCGGAGGGGCCGGCUCCCUCAUGUUGGACCUCUACGGCUGGGAGAGUGUUUUCUAUGUUACCGGCCUCCUCUCAGUGGUGUGGUCCUACUGCAUGUGGAAAUAUCUACUCAAAGGGGAAGGGCCAAUCAUCACCCUCGAAUCCCUGGGAAGCGGCGGGCCCCAGUCCAAACUGACAAAGAGACACUGGUUGCGGCUCCUCAAACAACCUGCAGUCUGUGCCGUGAUCGUUACACACCUUUGCACCGCCAGCACCUUCUUCACUCUUUUGUCCUGGCUGCCAACUUUCUUCAGAGACACUUUCCCGGAUGCUAAGGGCUGGGUGUUCAAUGUGAUUCCCUGGUUAGUGGCCAUCCCCUCCUCCCUCCUCAGUGGCUGCCUGUCUGACCACCUCAUCAGUACAGGCUUCGAUACAGCCUCAGUGAGGAAGCUGAUGCAGUUCUUCUCCAUGGGUGUGUCCAGUGUGUUCACCCUCCUUCUAUGUGGCAACAACACCUUCCCUUGGGCUGUAGCAUUUGUGUCUGCCACCAUGGGCCUCACCACCUUCAGUCACAGUGGGGUUUCUGUAAAUGUUCAAGAUCUCGCUCCAUCCUGUGCUGGAGCACUAUUUGGUGUCAUGAAUACAUGCGGUGCUUUCUCAGGGGUCCUUCUGGUGUAUUUCUCGGGGUAUCUCAUCGAGGCCACAGGCUCGUGGGCGGCUGUGUUCGCCCUCAUCACCACAGUCAACGUGCUGGGCCUCUGCACCUUCCUGGCGUUCGCCGAGGCCCGCCGGAUGGACAUUGACUGUAGUAAGGUGCGCCACCACAACAUCCACAUCUAGAUCGUUAGUCAUCAGGGCGACCGGAGUGCCAUUCCUCAAGGGAGAGUGUGACCUUGGGCGACCGGCAGCUAGGACACCAUUCACUUUGGAGAACUCAGCCAAUGGACGGCAAGUGGCGCAUUGGGGGGAGCCUGCGUACGACACCUGGAAAAAACGGACGGGUCUGGUUAACGGAGCACUGCAACAGUUACUGAAAAGCACACACGACAAAUCCCACGGAGCAAAGAGUAAAACACGGCGAUGUGAGUAGCUGCUCCGACAGUUCAGGGAUGAUGAGGAGUGGGAGAGAAAGAAAUGAACGGGUUCUUACACGGUUGCUGGUCCCACUGUUUGCACCUGUUCCAGGAUGUGUGACUCGAGACUGUUGUUGGAAAGCAGCGGCUCGCUCCCGGGGUGUGUCGCUGGGUGUUGGUGGAGCCUUGAGACUGAUGGAUGUGUGAGACAGCUGCGACAGACCAGGGCGGUGUGUUCUUGCCCUGCAGGGAGACGCUGUGCCAGACGCAGGGAGAGUCCAGCCUCCCGUAUCCGAAGUCUCUCAUUAGUCGAGCCCCAUUCUACCCAUCUCCACCAGAACCACCUGAGUGACAGCUCAUUACCCGGCCACUAAUUACACUGCAGGCGCUCGAAUGUCCCCGUACCAUUUGUCUACCACAUCUCCAUGGUUAAGAGCUCAUCUUUACCGUUACGGCACGGAGGGGAGGGGGGGGGGGGGGCAACAAGACCAAAGGUUAUCUAUUAAUUUUAUUCUCUUUCUAUGUGGACGCAUGGAAAAGAAAUACCUCACUUAAUUAUUUUGUGUGCUUUAUUUAUAUGGCUUUACAACUUGUUUUGUUAAUUUUUUUUAGAAAAAUAAAUAAAUAUAUAUAUUCAGAUAGAUAAGAGAAAAGGAAAUAUUUUGAUGGGAAAAUGUAAGUUACUGUUUAAGUGUGAUGGCAUCUGGAAAACUCAACAGAUCAUUCUGCAAGUUUAGUGUCUUCACUUGUUCUUCUGCUCUGACCGUCACUUUCCCGUCUAAGGAGGAAAUACAACCGUCCAUAUAAUCAUCUCAAACGGUUUUGCGUUAAAUAAAAUAAGGUAUAAGUUAUUAUUGCACUUUACAUUAAAGUAACUCUUUAGACGGGAAGUGACGUCAGUACAUGGGGGGAGGGGGGAGGGAUCCCGUCCGCUCGUCAUGGCGUUUUGGACAAAUCAAAGUUUUCACAAUCUGUCUCCUUUUGCCAGUUGUAAUACUAUUGUCUCACUGGUUACACACUGAUAUGAUGAAUAUCCCAGUGCAGGAGAAAAGCACCAACAACAACCGUUAACUUACUGGAGAGGAUUUGUUAUCAUGUCUUUAGUGCAGAGAAUGUAGCAGCACAAAACUAGAAAGGAUCCUUACAUUCAGCCUUCACGACGCAGUUUUGCAAUUGGUGGUUUACACUCUGCAGGGUUCACGUCCAGGUUAGAUGCUCACUUGAUGUGUGUACCUUCUUUUAAAUCGAUUCAUUUUGUAUUCUUUGUCUAAUUUAAGCAAUGAGAGAACUGCGGUCACACAGUAUCGGCGAUCAUUGCACGUGGCUAUUGUUUCCUCGGUUGCAGGAGUUGUGUUGCUUAUAUGUCUUUGUUGAUUACAUACACAGGCGUGUAUCUUUUAGUUGAACAUGGUGUCUUUACAAUUCUAAUAUAGGAAAUGCCCAUUAUGGUCAAUGGUUACACACACAUGGGAAUAAGAAAUCAACUAUCGAGCUUGGAAUUUCCUAUUGAUGGAAUUUAGAAUCUGUGCACACACCAUGUUUGAACGUGAAUGUUGCCUUGACCAUUCAGCUACACAAUCGAGUCUAUUUAUAUAAAACUGCUGCACAAAUGAAUGAGCCUUCAACUUUUUUAUAGCUGCCUUUUUUUUUUAAUGCUGCACAUUCCUGAGCUGUUUAAACCGCCUCAGCAGAUAUGUAUUGAUUUCCAGUUGCCUUCACUGCUUGUCUCAUCUAUUUGUGUCUCCGUUACUGUGUCGAUGUUGUUCUGCAGAAUGUUAAGAUUGACACGACACAUAGCUGAUGUUCUGUUCACCAACAUAUCUCACUGUAGGUUCCUGAAAGCCUCACUGACAAAUUGAUUUUUGAUAAUGUAUAAUAUAAUAUAUG